AGGUCAUGGGUGUUAAUCAAACAUGGAGAGAUGCCCUAGGUUAGAUCCCUAGACAUGACCCCGCCUGAUAAUUCAGGUAUCCAUAAAGCAUUAGAAUUGCCGCGUUGAAAUCUGGGGUCUCCGCACUGGUCCUCUAAAAUGGUUGGGUGACUAUCAGGGUUGGUCCGCGGGCUAUGCCCAGAUUUGGAGCAUAUACGUCUAGCCUCCUAAUUUCGAUAGGAUUGAUGGAGUCAACGUUGCUUAUGUCUGCAAGAUAUGGAUGGGUAUGGGGUGUGGUAUAAGGUAUAUAACGUAGACUGCGAUUCGCGUGGUUCUCUUAACAUGCUCUUACACAUAAAUAACCACAGUUCUUCGGGCGUCCAAGGUCGAUUAUUAUCAUCUAAACCCACUAUUUUCUCUUCCUCCAAAGCCAUAGUUUAUUUAUAACCAUGCCCCAAGACACGGAGAAACAAGCUACAUCUUUGACGGAUGAACAGAAGACAGGGAGGCACGAGAAACUUGAGGUUAUCCCAAUCGAUCAAGAGGCAAACCAAGAGACAAACCGUGUUCAUCUAAGUUGGAGAUCAUGGCUGGUGGUGUUCAUAACCUGUUUCGCCGUCAUGGCCCAGGUGUUCGUGGUAGUAGCUGCGGGCUCGGUGAUUGCGUUCAUUAUCCGCGAUCUAGGGGAUGCCUCGAUAGCGGGCUGGAUCAUCCAGGGUCCGCUGCUCAUGCAAUCCGUGUUGUCGCCAAUAGUAGGUCGUCUAUCAGACGUAUUAGACAGAAAGUGUCUCGCGACGGUGCCGCCACUCGUUGCAUUUGUGGGCGCUGUCGUGUCUGCCAAGGCAACGUCAAUGAGUAUGCUUAUUGGCGGUGGUAUCCUGAUUGGGACUACGUUAGCUACGAUAUCUGUUGUGCAUGCUAUCCCUUCCGAGAUAUUGCCCUUAAAAUUCCGCGCUCUAGCUAAUGGUUUCGCUUUCGUUGGAGGCGCUGUAGGUGGACUGAUCGGUUCGCUCGGUGCUGGCGCCGUAACUAAUGUUAAUGUUGGGGGAUGGCGAUACAUAUUCUGGAUGCAAGCCGCCUUUCACGGCAUUACGGCAGUCGGGCUCUUUUGCUUCUACUGGCCACCGGCACAAGUCGAAUACACACGAAUGCCGUUACGACAUUGCAUAUGGGCUUGUGAUCCUAUUGGAUCUGUACUAUUCAUCAGCAGCGCAGCGCUCAUUCUGCUCGGGCUUGAUUGGGCCGGGGGAGCCUACACCUGGUCAAACCCUCACGUUGCGGUUCCAGUGAGCUUGGGUUUAGUUCUGCUGCUCAGCUUUGCUCUGUACGAAUGGGGGGGACGAUCGGACGGUCUAGUUGCUCAUGUGUUCUUUCGAAAGAAUACGAACUUCGUUUACUCAGUCUUCGCCUUUGCGGUCGAAGGAUGGAUCUUCUAUAGCGCCGUGAACUCUGUUGUACCUCAGAUUGCGCUCAACUUAGGAUUCGAAAGCAAUGCCUGGAGAAUUUCGGUCCGGCAACUCAGUUACCAGCUUCCCGUUCUGUUUGCCUCCGUGCCUAUUACAUGGUAUGCGACCAAAUUCAAGGACAUGCAAACACCCCUUCUUGUCACUUUUACCAUCUUUCUCAUCGUAACCAUCUGCUAUGCUACUAUCCAACCUUCGUGGAGCUCGGCGCAACUGGGCCUCAACGUACUUGCAGGUAUUGGCCAAGCAGGGCCUCUGGCACUUCUCGUAGCCUGCAUCCAGUUCACAGCACCACAUACUUUCUUAUCAACAGCUACAGGCCUCGCUUUUUCUGCACGCGCUAUCGGAGGCGCCUUCGGAUCCGCCGUUCUAAACGCCAUUAUCAAUGGCCAGCUUGCUAGCCACUACGAAGAAGGUAUUGAAAGGGCGGCUGUCGGCGCUGGCCUGGCAAUAGAGAGUAUGCCAGCCUUGUUAGAAGCGCUAGCCGCCGGACAGAUAGGAUCAGGAGUCGAUACGGCAACGCCUGCAGUCUGGUUGGCAGCCGUUGAGGCUAGCAGAUGGGAAUAUGCCCAUGCGUAUCGGUUGGCCUGGACGAGUGUAAUACCGUUUGUCGUGUUAGCGAUCGUGGCCGUGGCCCUAUUAAAGGGUGUGAAGGACUUAAUGACGGAGGAGAUUGAGGCUACCGUGGAGCGGGGUUGAAUCAUGAAGGAUGGAUUUAACAUAAUCGUGUAAUAUUGGAUAAAUAUGAGUAUCAAGGUAUACGGAAGUCAGACUGGAUAGUGAGUGUACCUAUAUUGUCAUUCUUGCUAUAGCGACUUGGUUUUGAUUGCCGAAAACAAUAGAAAGGCACGUAUGCCUUCCAGUGAAUGUCUCAGUGGAGGCUUUUUUUUUUUUUUUUUUUUUUUUUCGAUUUCGCUCCUACGCGUUGAACCGUUGUUGCUAAUAACGUCUUGUAUGAUCGUUUUGACCAACAGCCAAUACGCUUAUCAUCCG